GAGAAGGCUUUCAGAAAAUCCAUUGAAAAGAAAGGAAGAAAAUGGGAAGCAGAGCUGUUUUGCUACUCAAAGGACCAUCACCACCAAAGCAUAGCAUCCUCUUCCUUCUAAACCACAAAAAAAUCAGCCCCGCUCCUUCAAUACGAAGAUUCACAACAAAAGCAACAGCCAAUGGGUCCUCUCUUGAACCACCAGAUGUCGCUCGCUUGGCUGAAACUGCUAGAAUUUCACUAACCCCACAGCAGGUUGAAGAAUUCGGUCCUAAAAUCCGACAAGUGAUUGAUUGGUUUGGACAAAUUCAAGCUGUUGACCUUGACAGUGUGGAACCCUCAAUCAGAGCAGACACUGAAGGUGACAACUUGCGUCAUGAUAAUCCUGAAACGUUUGAGAACAGGGAAGCUAUCAUUGCUGCUGUACCGAACUACGAGGAUCCUUACGUCAAAGUUCCCAAGGUUUUGAACAAGGAGUGAGACUAUUUAGAACUAAGGAGAGAUUAUGGUGCGACUUUGCAAAUAGGGGGAACGUUUGGCAGCGUUAGUGUGAAGAACUCUCCUUCUAGUCACAUAAUCUUUUGUCGAAGGAACCAGAAUAACGUCCAAUCUUGUUUCUAGAUUGAGUAGAAAAGGGGCAUAUCUUUCGUUCUUUCUUUAUGCAGACUCUGUGAUGGGUAACUGUUAAGAUUUUCUCUGGAAUAAAUCUCUCUGAAUAA